AUGAGUUACACCACUAAAAAAUUUGGAGUUACUGACAAGAGAUUUGCACCAAAAGUUCCAAGCCCGCGGCCACCUUUACCACGCAUGAUGAAAGCGAAGCCAGUAAAACAAAAAACUGCGUCCGUAGGUGAGGAGCCAAGUAAUGAAGAAUUAGAAGUAAAUAAUUCAAAAGAUUAUCAAGACUCUGAUUCUCUGGGCGAAGAUGAAGCUGAUGAUGCGCCAAAUGAUUUAGCGUUAAGUCAUGAAGAAUUACAUUCGCCAAAAUUUUCAAAGAAAUUUGAUCAUGAUACUCGAGAUAUCAAAAAAAAUUUUGCCAAGGAACCUAAAGUGGUCAAAACUGAAACCUCUAAUAAUUCACCAAGUAAAAAACAAAAUGAUUCUAAAAAAAAAUAUUAUUUUAUCAUAGCAUUUGUUGUUGUAUUAUUUGCCCUUGCCAUUGUUGCUUAUCCAUCAUAUCCAUUGUUAUCAAUUGGUAACAGUACAGAAAAAUUCAAAGAUACGGAUCCUGAAACUGUUCUUAUCAGAAACUUGGAGAAUAAUAUCGAUAGUAUUAGCAAUAAAUUCAAGCAACAGGAUGAUGAGAUUUGGGAUGAUAUAAUUGCAGGAGUUUCUGAAGUUGUCAAGCAUCCAGAUAAAUUGGGGAUUAUAUUUUUAUUUUCUCAAGAUGAUUAUCUUAUGAACUGUCUCGCUAAAAUGAUAGGGAAUGCUACCAAAGCUGCUUUGGGUUCUUCGGAAGAGCUGAUGCUGUCUCCUUCGCAACUGGGUAAAGAUCGGGGAUAUGUGAUUGAUAAAUUUAAAAAUAAAAUAACGAGUCAGAAAAUUGUGAUUGUUGAUAAUAUAUUAGAUGUAAAUCCAGAUGCGAUGAUGGAUUUUCAUCAUUUAUGUGACAGAGAGACGCCUUUGGUUACAAAAGUUGUUUAUAUACUCACAAUGGUAGCAAAAGGAUAUGAUGGAAAAAAAGAAAAUGCGUUGAUAUUCGUUGAAAAUCAGCUGAAACUCAAAUUAAACAAUCAAAUAGAUCAAGAUAAAGUUGAUCCAUUGAUUACUAGACUGACAGACGGUGUCAUUAUUCCGGUUCAACCAGAACCAGAUUUUAAAAGUUGUCCUUUACGUUAUUGA